UUUUAGAGUGAUCUUAUUGAUAGUUGGCUGUUACAUAUAUGCAGAGGGCCUGUUAUGUCCAUUUGGAUACAAGGUAGUGAAAGACACACUAGUUGUUGACUCAUAGAACUUGGAAUAAGAAAAUCCUAAAGCAACAAGAUUGGAACACAUGUUUAGAAUUUUAAUAAUUGCGGGCCCUCUCAUUAAUACAGAUGGCCUGUUAUGUCCAGUUGGAUAUAACUUAGUGAGGGACAUCCAAGUUGUGGACUCUGAGAACCUGACAUGGUCUGAGGCUGCUAUGGAGUGUACAAGAAGGAAUGGAAGAAUCCUCAAAGUGAUGGACAAUGAAUCUGGACAGAAUGCUAAAGAUGCAAUGGAAAAACACUUGGAAGGCAAGGCUUGGGUAGAAUAUAAUGGUGAAGUUGAAGAUAUGUCAGAUCCAUUACAAUUCAGAGAAUCUUUCUACAUCAUGGAGCAUAUCUCUGAUGAACAAUUUGAUGCAUCUUCACAGAGUUGGGAUGCAAAAAAUGCUAGAAUUAAUAGUUCAACUGCAUGGCGACCCCAGUAUGCAGACCUCUGUCAAAGCUGGGUUGAGGUUGAUCUUAGGAAAACAAUGUGCAUAUAUGGUAUUGUAACAAAAGGACAAAUGGAUAAAAAUCGAUGGAUAACAGUGUACAAACUGUUAUCCAAAACUGAUUUUGACAAAAACUUCCACAUACUUAGUGAUGGUGGAAAAGAGGAACUGACUGCUAAUGAUGAUAAUGAUACAUCAGUUUAUAGGAACUUUACAAAACCGUUCAAUGCACGAUUCAUACGUCUUUACCCACAAGAAUGGAUUGGCUAUCCUGCAAUAAGAUUUGACCUACUGGUGUCAAAUAAUAGUUGCCCAUGUAGAAAAUGUCCUGCUAUUAUGAACACUCCUACAGGUACUGUGACAAUUCAGUAUGAGUCAUGUUGCUCUAAGUUACCAUACAUCUGUGAGACAGAGUCAUGUGACCAAGAUAAAACCACAGACAAUCCGAGUGCAAAUCUUGGAAUCUGCUCUUGUGCUUUGUGUUCAACUUCACUUACUAUUGGACUCAUAAUUGGAAUGGUUCUGUUCAUGAUUCUCUCAAUUAUCUUACUGAUUUUGCUGAUUUUAUCACAUCGCAAACAAAAGAAUUCUCAAACCAUAUCAAAAUCUACAAAUCCACAUGAAAUUGACAAAAACAAGAAUGAAGUGAACCAAAAUGUGGCAAAAGUCUCACAAAAUGUCAGUAUGACUGAUCCAAAACAUCUUUACACCCAAGUUGAUGUUAGAACAAAACGUAAAAAAUCAGAGAUGACAUAUGCCAAUACAGUGGCAUAUAAUGCUGCAUAUGACACUACAACAGAUGACACCACGACAAAGGACACUGCUACAUAUAACACUACUGCAAAUGACACUGCUACAUAUAACACUACUGCAAAUGACACUGCUACAUAUAACACUACUGCAAAUGACACUGCUACAUAUAACACUACUACAAAUGACACUGCUACAUAUAACACCACUUCAGAUGAUGCGAAAGGCACAACCCUCGAUCAUACUCCAGUUGAUGUCAAUGUUGACAAUGUUAAGAAGCACAAAGAUGAUCAUGACAUCCCCGAUGGAAUGGAGAUGUUUGAUAAUGAGCUAUAUGCCGAUGUUUAGCUCCAUACAACUUAUAACUUGAUACUUUGGGACCUACAAGUACUCAGUUGAAUAAUACUCCAAACUUGUGAUCCAUAGCAAUUUCAUAUACUCUUCAGUAAAAACUGUCUACUCUUAAUGCCA